AUGGUAGCCGCACCAAGCGAAAAUAAAAGUAAUGCUGAAGAAAAUGCAAUUAAUUUGGCAGCAGUCGCAAUUCUCAGCGACUGUGACGAUAUCUCCGAUAUUGAUGGAGAAGAUUUGGCCAAUGAAUUGCACAAAACACUAAAUUCAAGACGCGUCUCAACGCUACAGAAAAGCAUUUUCAAUACGACGCUCGACUUUACGGAAUUGCCCGCUGGUUGUCAGCAGAUUGACGCGGCUGUGAAAGCCUUCAAGGCGCACGUCGAGCAGGAGAAAGCAUCGUGGCACACCCUGUGCCUAAAGAACCCUGUGAAACCAUCGGGUGCACCAAAGCCCAGCCAGGAGCAACAGGAGUAUUUGAAUAAAGGACCCAAUAUAAAAAAUAUUAUGCGGGAAUUUGGCGCAUUCAUGAAUAAAGGUACCAGAUUCCUAGUGGAAUCGGAGGAAAUGCUGGAUUUAGUGGAAGAUGUCAAGGAUGAGUGUCGGAAAAAUGUGCGCGUCGAGCAAAAUAACAACAUUAUGAAAUGUUUGUCCAAAUUCAAGAAAAAUGAAUUUUAAAAUUAAUAAAAUACACGAAUU